GGCUUGGUGGAUGAGAUGAUCAGGGCCUUCGUGGCCCACUUUGAGGAUGCGCUGCAGAGCAGCCGGGCGGCCUCCCUGAAAGCGGGGCGCCUUGUUCAGGCGCGUGUGGUCAUCGACUGCAGCGGCUUCGGAUUUGAGAACUUGAAGCAUCUUCACAUCUUGAGGCACAUCGUCCACGUGAUCGAGCGGCACUUUCCCGAAGUGUCCCGAUCCGUGACUGUGGUGCGCGCUCCCUGGAGCGUCGUGAGCCUUUACAACAUUGUGAGCCCUUGGUUGUCGCAGGAUGUGCA